UCGGAAUUAUUAGCCGAAACAGCUUUUGGUCAGUUGUUUUGUUUGUGUGAUGUGACGGAACGUGUGUAAACAGCACUUCACUAGGGAAGCUAAAAUCUGUGUCAUGAACUAAAUUAGAAAAAGGGUUCUGCCACUUUACAUUACACAUUAUAGAUUCAAGAUUUUGGUUUAUUUGUUUGGUAAUAUAGCACUAUGUCUUCCGAAGUAGACUGUCCGAAGGAUACCGCAGUGCGGGUGGCUGUGAGAAUCCGGCCCAAGAACUCCAGAGAGAUGAUAGACAUGUGUCGUACUUGCACAACCGUAGCCCUUGGCGAGCCACAGAUUUUUCUUGGGUCUGAUAGAACAUUUACCUAUGACCAUGUGUUUGAUGUUGAUUCCACUCAAGGUGAAAUUUAUUCAACGUGCGUGGAUCGGCUGGUGAGGAAUGCCUUGCAAGGCUAUAACGCCACAGUAUUAGCAUACGGCCAAACAGGAUCUGGAAAAACGUAUACGAUGGGCACCGGCUUCGAUCAUGAGACGGAAACUUCCGAAUUCAAUAGCCUUGGGGUUGUUCCCCGGGCGGUGCGACAAAUUUUCAGUGGAAUUGAAGAGUUAAGAGGCUCAACUUCGGAAAAUUCAACAGGUGGAAGGCCUGAAUUCAGUCUCGCUGUUCAGUACAUCGAGCUGUACCAUGAAGAUAUAUAUGACCUUUUAAAUCCAUUCAAUAAAAGUGACAGUUUCAAAAUUCACGAAGAUUCAGAUGGCCAAAUAACCAUAUCUGGAACGUCCAUUAAACCCAUUUAUGAGGAAAAAGAUGCUUUAAGAUACCUCCAGCAGGGGGCUUUAGCGCGAACAACCGCAUCUACAAAAAUGAAUAACACGUCGUCCAGGUCGCAUGCUAUGUUCACAAUUUUCAUUCGUAGACAGCGAUUGCUGUCUUCCUCGAAUAAUGGUGGUUUGGACAACGAUAUGGAAACUCUUACCUCAAAGUUCCAUUUUGUUGACUUGGCCGGCUCGGAGCGUCUUAAGCGGACGAUGGCUGAAGGCGAGAGGGCUCGCGAAGGUAUUUCCAUAAACACCGGUCUCCUAGGCCUUGGAAAUUGUAUUUCAGCCCUUGGGGACAAGCGAACUACGCAUGUACCUUACCGAACUACCAAACUGACUCGCCUCCUCCAAGACUCGUUGGGUGGAAACAGCCAAACAUUGAUGAUAGCCUGCGUGGCGCCAACUGAUCGAGAUUUUAGAGAAACCCUAAGUACUUUGGAGUACGCAAACCGAGCUAAAAACAUUCAAAACAAAAUUAAACUUAACAAAGAUCAAAGUUCCCGAACCAUUUCCCAUCUACGUCGAGAAAUCGCCACAUUGCAAAGGGAAUUAAUAGAAUACAAGCAGGGCAAACUUGUAGUGGACUGCGAAGGAAAUACAACUGUGUCUGACACAUACAAUGAGAAUACUUUGCUACUUUCCGAUAAUAAACGUCUUCAGCAGCGCCUGAAAGCAAUGCAGGAAACUGUUAACGUUUUGACAGAAAAAAAUGCAGAACUCAAACUGCAGGUGGCUUCACAAAAGUGGAAAACUGACGACAAUUCCGAAUGUGAAAUAACCGACAUAGUCGGUAAAUAUAUAUCAGAAAUCGCAAAUCUUGAAGCCAAGUUAAUUGAAUCCGAUGAAAUGAAUAGACAAACCGAAAAAGCUGCUAUAAGAGUUGCUGGUGGCAAAAACCCCGGAUUCGAUGAAAAUCUGAUAACCGAAACCAAAAAGGAUUUGGAGAAGAAAAAAGAGUACUUGAUGAGUCUUUCUGUGCCCGGAAUGGAAAAUCAAAGCUAUGAAGCAGAACAAACCUUUAAUAUUGAAGGCUGUGAAGGUAAAAUAUCUUAAGUGAUUAAAAAUAUGUAUAUUAUUAAUAGAGAUAUAGAGUGCAAAACAAAGUUAAUAAAUGAAUUGGAAAGGGCGCGAGGGGCAAUGGAACAAAUGCGGACGAAUUUCGAGGAUAAAGUGCUUCAAUUAAAUUACAAAAUUGCCAACGCUGAAAAGGAACGAGAUGACGUUUUGCUCAAUUUGAGCCCGAUUACCAAUACAAAAGACGAUCUUAAGAAAAUCAAAAUGUCAUAUGAGAUGAAGAUAUCCGAUAUGCAAAAAAAAUUGAGUACCUUGCAAGAGGCUCAGAGGGAACAUUUACGCCAACAACGAGACAAACAAGCAAAAGAAACCCAAAUAAGUUUAUUGCGCAACGAACUGGGUGCAUUAAAGACGGCAAAGGUCCAACUAAUGAAAAAAAUCACGGAACAAAACAAUCGACAUAAGGUUGAAGAUAGUCGGAAAACUAAAGAAAUAGCCCAGUUACUGAAGGAGCAACGACGCCAGAAAAAUGCUGUCCAAUCUCUGGAGGCCAAAGUAAGCCAAAAGGAUAACAUAUUGAAGAGAAAAACCGAGGAAGUUAUUGCUCUUCGCAAAAGCCAGCGGUCAAAGUCUGAACAAAGGCGAAUACCGCCGGUACGUUUGCAAAAUACUAACUUGAACUCCCGAUUGUAUCGACAAAGCUGGGAAAACCUAUAUCAUUAUUUAGUGGCUGCGGCCAGAAAUAGACAGAUGAUAACGCAAUUGGAGAUUGAAUUGGAGCGUAAAAUAACAGAGCGCGAAAGUCUGUCCUGCGAACUCAAUACUUUGAAGAGUAAUUCGACACGGUUUGACGAUCUUAAAGAAAUAGAUAGCAUACAAGCAAAUAUAGACUAUAUUCAAGAGGGUAUAGAUCAUGUGCAAAAGGCUAUAAUGGAUUUUGAAGAUUCAAAGAAAGAAGAUUCAAUAAGAAGUGACUUUAACAAGAUCCAAUCAAUCUUAGAUUCUAUUGAGUCGAUGGACGAAGCUAAAUACGUUCUUCAAAAAAUUUCCAAAAAUUCUGUUACAUUGAUGUGCAGUUUAUCCAAUGCAGAGUCUCAAUUGCAGGAGCACAAGUCUUUAUUAUCGGCGGUCCAACAAGACUGUAAUAUCCAACAGCAAAUGUUGGGACAUUUGCUUCCAUAUGAUAAAAAUGAGCAAAUUUCGGCCAUGAUUGAGUCCUUCAAAAGUAUGGAUGUUGCUAAUAGCAUGUAUAGUUCUCAAAAAUCAUUAGAAAGCAACGCCACAUAUGUUAUACCCCACGAAGAUCGACUGGAGGACUCUACCUAUGUUGAACUGCGCGAUAGAAGCCCGUCGCCGCUUUUGUAUACCGAAUCGUCGGAUAAAAGCCCUAAAGUGCGUAGGCGUACAGCUAAAUAUGAAGAUCUACUUUUUGGUGUCAUUGAAGCUGCAGAUGAGACUAAAAAAUGACGUGAUCAUACAAAGAAGAAAAUAUGACAAUAAACAAUAAGAUGUGCCUUAUACGUAACUAGUAAAUAAUGGUGCUAAACUAAAAUGAAACAAAUAGACGCUUAUUAAAAGAUAACAUAUAAUUAAGGAAACGAUUCUCAGAAAGGAAGACCGAGCUUUUGCUCUAUGUAAUAUGUAUUUUUUGAGCCAUAACGAAUAAAUUAG